AUGAAUCUCCAAGCCAUCUUGACCGAUCAGAUCUCCAAUUCCACCCCUAUUGCUCACGCUGGAGCAACCUUAGUGGCUCCUUCUCAUCCACACAAUAUGCCGAAACACGUCAACUUCACCCUCAUUACCGACCCCGCUGAGCUCACCAGCGACCUGAGCAACCUUCCUAACGUUAAAUUCACCAUCAAUACUCACGAUACAACCGAAUCCAUCACAACUGCCAUCACCUCCUUCUUCGGUUUAUUUUCCAAUGGCCCGACUGCUGUGUCGUCCCAUCGUGUCUCGUUCGAGGAUGAGAAUGAAAACCGUAUCAUUCUCUCUUAUAACAAUGUCAGAGAGAAUCAAAACAUCUUCGUCAGACCUUUGGGAGAGGCUCUACACAUCACCCGUGAUAGCCGAGGAACGAGUCCUAACAAAUCUCGCGGCGGUUCUGCAGCUAUGUCUAGGUCAAGGAGUAACAAGAGGCAUGCAUCAAGUACUCCGACUCCUGAUGCAGAUCUGAGGAAACAAAUUGAACCAGUCGCCAGUGCCGAAAUCUCCGUUGAGAACAUCCUCGAGGGAUCUAGGAGAAAGCGAUUAAAGUUUGAGAGCUCCGAACUUCCUCUCUUCCCUGAGAUGACGAAUAGAUUCGGUGCUCCAUCUUCGUCGUCUGCGAGUCCAUCAAGGCCGACUCCUCAAUUAACCCCUUACUCUCAGCCUGGUCAUCAAACCGCAUAUGCUCACCCUCAAUCUGCCUACCUUUACUCCCUUGGUACUGAACCUACUCCUCCCCCGAGCGCGACCACGAAUACUAGGGUCACAUUACCAACUCCCGCUCCCACAAUCGCUUCCUGUAUCUCUGAUGAAGACGCUGCUAUUCAAUUGAUGCGCUUGGGGGAGAAGCCGACCAAUAAUGGCCACUCUCACCACCAUCACCAAUUUCGUCAUCAGUACUCCCCCGAUCUUGACUACAACGGCCAACCAACACACACCCUGCUCCCAAGUCCUGUUUCUCACGGCUACAGCCAACACACCAGCCCUGUCAGAGUCGGAUAUAGCAGAACCCUUACUUAUGAAGAAGCUGAGGACGAUGUUCGCGAUGGUAACUAUGUCGCAUCCGACGACUACCAGGAUGAAGACGAUGAAAUCCCUCUGCUCCAUAAGAGGUCACACUUUGCUCCUAAUCGUCAGGCCCCCCCACCUCCCAACGGUGUGAGGAAGAAGGCACCCUCCAAGCCUAAGAAGAUUAAGAAGCCUACCAACAAUCUCAUCCCUGCUCCGCAACUCAACGCUUUCCCGGGAUAUCCAUCGGCAGAUACAAGCUUCAACGGUUUGGAAGCAGCCACAUCCCUUGCCAAUCUCGCAAACCCUGAAGGGAAGUAUAUCCAACAGGGUGUUAUGCUCCCACCUGAACCCCAGGAAAACCAAAAGCCGCGAUGCCAACGAUGCCGCAAGUCGAAGAAGGGCUGCGACCGUCAACGCCCUUGCCAACGGUGCAAGGAUGCUGGAAUCCCAGCCGAUCAGUGUAUUAGCGAGGAUGAAGCUGGUACUCGCCGUGGUCGCAUGAAUGCCGCAAAGGCUGCCGCUGCCAACGGUAUCAUGAAACCAAAGGCUCCCAAACCAAAGAAGCGCAAGGUCACACCCGAGCAGAUCUAA